GCGUUCAUAUUUGACAGUCUUCAGUUCAAAAAGUGACAUGUUCAGCCUAAGCAGUCUUGGUGAAUCCCGUCCAUCGAUAAUUUUUUAUCACAAAUUUAUAUUUGAUAAAGUUUUAUUUAGAUGUUAUUAUCACUACAUCAAUAGACGUAAAUGAAAUGGAAAUUUUCCAAUGUAUUAAUUAGUUCGCAUGGUGCUUACAUAGAUACUAAUAUUACGCAAAACUAAAGCUCCGCAAACGAUAUUAUUUUUACAUAAAGUAAUGUGAUAUUGAAAACCAAACAGUGUUUUUCGGUUAAACCAAGGAUAACAUUUCUAAACAUCAAUUACGUCUCACACCGCGGCAGAAUGCAGAACAAUGAUCAAUCAGAGUCAAUAAUAUUGUAUGAGCCAGAAACUACUGCUACAAUAGUCAGUCACGAACGAAGAACAACGGAAGCAAGAUGGACGUUCUGGCUCCUUACCGCAGGGAUCUCCACUACAUUUGGUGCAGCCAUUCCUACCGGUUACAACAUAGGCGUGAUAAAUGCUCCUUCUGAUUUCAUCAAAGAAUGGUGCAACGAAACGAUUUAUGAAACAUACGGUGUAGUUUUAAGUAGCGGCAAUCUAGACACCUUUUGGGCAAUUGUAGUAUCGGUAUUUUUGAUCGGUGGAGUAAUCGGUUCUUUAGGUGGAGCAUGGGUAGCCGAUAAGUUAGGAAGAAAACGAUCCUACCUGAGUUGUGGGAUACUACUAGUACUCGGUGGAAUAUGCUUCCAGUUUUGCAGAGCGAUUGGUUCAGUAGAGCUUUUGUUGCUUGGGCGAGUCCUGGUUGGCCUAGCAGCCGGACUUACAACUAGUACGGUACCAAUGUACUUGACUGAACUAGCGCCGAUAAGUUUACGUGGUGCACUGGGUGUAUUUGCAUCCAUCGGUGUUACUGGAGGUGUUGUUGUAGGCCAAGUGAUGAGCUUGGAAGAAAUUUUCGGCACCGACGAGCUAUGGCAGUUUGCACUGAGUUUCUAUGUCAUACUCGUAAUCACUUUUUUUGUUCCUUAUCACUGGCUUCCGGAGAGUCCAAAGUACCUGUAUGUAAUAAGAAAAAGGCAAGACGAGGCAAUUUAUGAAAUUAGACGCUUAGGAGGAAAAAACGCUGAGGAUGACUAUGUGAAACUGCAAAUAGAGGCGAUGCGCAGCGAGGACACCACAAACACUGGAUGCGAUGACUGUGAGAAGGAACAGCAAAAACCUAAAAAGCGAUCUCUUUGGUCUGUAUUGACUGAUCCUAAACUUACAUUACCUCUGAUAUUGGUAUGUGCCUUACAAGGAGGACAACAGCUCUCCGGAAUUAAUGCGGUAUUUUUCUACUCGGUAUCCAUAUUUAACUCAGUUGGACUUAAUCACACAGAUGCGAAGUUAGCUAAUCUUGGAGCUGGCUGUUUGAACUUGUUUAUAGCUUGCUUCACUCCAAUUUUGAUGCAACGAUUCAAUAGACGAUUCCUUGCACUUUUGUCCUGUUCAAUGUGUGCUGUAUUUUUACUCUGUCUAACAUUUAUAGUGUAUUUAAUAGAGGAAGUAAAAUGGUUUUCUUAUGCAAGCGUUGUUGCAGUCUUAUUCUAUAUAAUGUUCUAUCAAAUCGGCCUAGGGCCAAUCCCAUAUUUCAUAGGCUCAGAAUUGUUUGAAGUUGGACCACGACCUGCUGCUAUGGCUAUGGGCAGUUUAUCAUCUUGGGGCUGUAAUUUUUUGGUAGCAAUGCUGUUUUUAACUCUUCAGAAAGCAUGGGGAGCAUUUGUCUUCCUGCCGUUUGCGGUUACUUGUGUUCUGUUGACGAUACUACUUAAGAUUUAUCUGCCGGAAACUAGAGGACGUCACGUUUCGUCAAUUGUACCGCUAGUCGCAAAAGGUUUCCGCUCGAAACCAUUAGUGCCUUGGACGUAGUAAUGAAAGUCUAUACACAAAACGCUUAGCGGGACUGUUGCUGUAUGAAUUUGCUCAUCUCAUCUCAAAUUCCUAUAGUUCUGCUAGUUCAAUUUUUAUGAACAAUCGAUUCAGUAAACGAAUUUACACAAUAAACCAAGCAUUACGCUAUAAAAGCUUAA